UCUCAGAUGGUACGUCCCACUCCCUGCGUUUAUCCGCCGUUGUUGUACGCGAUGCUACUGAACAGAUUUGUCUCCAUAGAAAGUCCGCUUGCCCAUGGACAUUUAAGCCUCGAAAAGAUGCUUAUUCACGAUGCAAAAUGAACCAAUAUCCGUGCGCAACGCGGGGCACAACUUUACGCAACUAGCGCCAAACUUUAACAGCAGCGACCUCCUAUCACUUCCAGCAGUGAGCAUUGUUUUAUACACUACUAUUCCAACUGGCUUUGAUUUAUAUACAUCUAUUUUUUUAAUAUUUACGCGGAGCAAGUCUGAUGAAUUCACCGAAAAAAGACGCAGACGAUGAUGUGCCCGUGAAAGAUCCGGUGAAAUAUGGCGAACUGGUCAUUCUUGGGUACAAUGGCUCCCUGCCGUGUGGGGACCGAGGCCGGAGAAAGAGCCGCUUCGCUCUUUACCGUCGAGCCAAAGCCAACGGAGUCAAACCCAGUACAGUUCACAUCCUCAACACGCCGCAGGACACCAAGGCGGUGCACAGCAGGGGGCAGCACAGCAUCUCCUUCACUCUGUCCAGAAACCAGACUGUGGUGGUGGAGUAUUGCCAUGACAACAACACAGACAUGUUCCAGAUCGGCCGCUCGACGGAAAGCCCCAUCGACUUCGUUGUGACGGACACUUCAGGAGGAGGGAAGGAGAGCGAGGACCCGUCCAUCGCCCCCAGCACCAUCUCACGCUUCGCCUGCAGAGUCGUGUGCGAGCGAAACCCGCCCUACACCGCUCGAAUCUACGCCGCCGGGUUCGACUCCUCCAAAAACAUCUUCUUAGGGGAAAAAGCAACGAAAUGGAAAAACCCUGACGGUCACAUGGACGGGCUGACCACAAACGGCGUCCUGGUGAUGCAUCCCGAGGGGUUUCCCGACGACCCAAAGCAGGGGCUGUGGAGGGAGAUCUCUGUGUGCGGAGACGUGUACGCGCUCAGAGAGACACGGUCCGGACCCACCCGAGGGAAACUGGCGGAGGGCGAGAGCAGCGCGUUACGGGACGGCUCGUUGGUGGAUCUGUGCGGGGCCACUCUGCUGUGGAGGACGGGGGAGGGUCUACUCCGAGCCCCCACCCUCAGACACCUGGAGGCUCUGAGGCAGGAGCUCAACGCCUCCAGACCCCAGUGUCCCGUGGGGCUGAGCACGCUGGCCUUCCCCAGCCUCCCCCGCAGCCACAGCCUGGAGGAGCGUCAGCCGUGGGUUUACCUCACAUGCGGUCACGUUCACGGCCGCCACGACUGGGGCCAGAGGUCGGAGGGCGAGGACGACCCGCGGGAAAGCGACGGCUCCACGGCGCGCAGAGAGUGCCCCCUGUGCCGCAGCGUGGGUCCCUACGUCCCGCUGUGGCUGGGCUGCGAGCCGGCCGUGUACGUGGACGCCGGCGCUCCCACGCACGCCUUCGUCCCCUGCGGUCACGUGUGCUCGGAGAAGACGGCUCGCUACUGGGCCGAGACGCCGCUCCCGCACGGGACCCACGCCUUCAGACCCAUCUGCCCCUUCUGCUCCUGCGCCCUCAGCUCGCCGGGGUGGACCAGACUCAUCUUCCAGGGGCCCAUCGACUGACGCCACGGAGCCAAACCACGUUCACAGCUACGCACGCCCAAGCUACCGUCAAAACGAGGAUAAUGUUCCACGUGAAAGAAGUUCCCAUAUUUA